AUGGACACCACUGCCAUUUCCACCGCGUGUUUACUCGAGGUCUUGUGGGAUGCCGAUUUCGAUGUUUUGGAUUUGCCACUUAGCUUGGAGAUGGUUGAGGCCGCAUCUGAUAUCACUGAGGAAAUGGUGGAAAUUGUUUCGGUGGUGUUUGUCACCGAUUGGUCAUUGCAGAGAGGGACUAAUGCCAUUGAAAAAAGACGUAGGUAA